AUGAUUCUUAACCUUUAUUCUUUCUUCUUUCAUCUCCUCAAAUUUCCUUUCUUUCUUUUUCUCUCUUUCUCUUUCUCUGUAUUUUUCAUUAUCCUUUCCUUCUCACAAAUCUCCUCUUUUCUUAACUUUUUCUUCUUUCGUGUCUAUUUUGCCAAUUCUUUUUUAUUCAUUCUUUCAUCUUCUAUUCCUUUCGGUUGUUGUUGUUGUUGUUCUUCUUCUUCUUCUUUUUUAUUGUUCUUCUUCUUCCUUUGUUCGUUUUUUUCUUAUCAUUGUUUUUUAACUUCCUUUCUUUUCCUUUUUCAUUCUUUCUUUUUUCUCUUUGAUUUUUAUUUUCUUUCACUUUUUCUUUAUUUUACCCCAAUUUCUUCAUCAUAUCUUUUUCCUCAUCUUUUCCUCUCUUUUGUUUUUGUUCUUUACCUUUUUCUUCUUCUUCUUCUUCAAGCAUUUGUUGUUGUUACUCUCCUCUUUCUUCUUUUCUUCUUUUUUCUUCUUCUUCUUCUUCUUCUUCUUCUUCAGGCAUUUGUUGUUGUUGCUCUCCUCUUUCUUCUUUUCUUUUUUUUUCUUCUUCUUCUUCUUCUUCUUCAAGCAUUUGUUGUUGUUACUCUCCUCUUUCUUCUUUUCUUCUUUUUUCUUCUUCUUCUUCUUCUUGUUCAUUUGUUGUUACUCUCUUUCUUCUUUUCUUCUUUUUGUUCUUCUUCUUCUUCUUCUUCUUCUUCUUCUUCUUCAAGCAUUUGUUCUUCAGGCUCUCCUCUUUUUCUUUUCUUCUUUUUCUUCUUUUCUUCUUCUUCUUCAAGCAUUUGUUGUUUGUUCUCUUCUUUCUUCUUUUCUUCUUUUUUCUUCUUCUUCUUCUUCUUCUUCAAGCAUUUGAUUUUUUUCUUCUUUUCUUCUUCUUUUUUCUUCUUCUUCUUCUUCUUCUUCUUCAAGCAUUUUUCAUUUGUUGUUGUUACUCUCCUCUUUCUUCUUUUCUUCUUUUUUUUCUUCUUCUUCUUCUUCUUUCAUUUGUUUUCUCUCCUCUUUCUUCUUUUCUUUUUUUUUUCUUCUUCUUCUUCUUCUUCAGCAUUUGUUGUUGUGCCAUCUUCUUCUUGUUUUUCUUUUCUUCUUCUUCUUCUUCUUUUUUCAAGCAUUUGUUGUUGUUACUCUCCACUUUCUUUUUUCUUCUUUUUUUUCUUCUUUUUCUUCUUCUUCUUCUUCAAGCAUUUGGUUUGUUCUCCUCUUUCUUCUUUUCUUCUUUUUCUUUUCUUCUUCUUCUUCUUCUUCAAGCAUUUUUUUUUUCUCCCCUUUUCUUCUUUUCUUUUCUUCUUCUUCUUCUUCUUCUUCAGGCAUUUGUUGUUAUUUUUCUUUCUUCUUUUCUUCUUCUUCUUCUUCUUCAGGCAUUUGUUUGCUCUCCCUUUCUUCUUCUUUCUUCUUCUUUUCUUCUUCUUCUUCUUCUUCUUCAGGCAUUUGUUGUUGUUGCUCUCCUCUUCUUCUUCUUCUUCUUUUUUCUUCUUCUUCUUUUUUCUUAGGAUUUGUUGUUUUUCUCCUCUUUCUUUUUCUUCUUCUUCUUUUUCUUCUUCUUUUUUCUUCUUCUUCUUGUUGAUUUUUGUUAUCAAGCAUUUGUUGUUUUCUCUUUUCAUUUUUCUUUUUUCUUCUUUUUCUUCUUUUCUUCUUUUCUUCUUAAAUUUGUUGUUGGUUACUCUCCUUUUCAUUUUUUUUUUUUUCUUUUCUUCUUCUUCUUCUUUUCUUUUAAGCAUUUGUUGUUAUUUUUCUCCUUUUUCUUUUCUUUUUUUUUCAUUUCUUCUUUUAUUUUGUUGUUGUUCCUCUUUCUUCUUUUUUCUUUUUCUUUUCUUUUCUUUUCUUUUUUGUAGGCAUUUGUUUUUUCCUCUUUUUCAUUUUCUUCUUUUCUUUUCUUCUUCUUCUUCUUCUUCAGGCAUUGUUGUUAUUGCUCUCCUCUUUCUUCUUUUCUUCUUCUUCUUCUUCUUCUUCUUCAGGCAUUUGUUGUUAGAUCCCCCUUUUUCUUUUUUUUCUUCUUCUUCUUCAGGCAUUUGUUGUUGUUGCUCUCCUCUUUCUUCUUUCUUCUUUCUUUUUUUUUCUUCUUCUUCUUCUUCUUCUUCUUCUUAUUUUGUUUUAUUUUCCUCUUCUUUUCUUCUUCUUUUCUUCUUCAGGCAUUUGUUUUUUGCUCUCCCCCUUCUUCUUCUUCUUCUUUUUCUUCUUUUCAUCUUUUCUUUUUUUGUUGUUUUGCUCUUCUUAUUUUCUCUUUUUUUUCUUCUUCUUCUUCUUCUUCUUUUUCUUUAUUUCCUUAUGAUUGCUGUUUAUCUUUCUUCUCUUCAUUCAGAUUUAUUUCUGCCAUCUUCUUCUUGUGCCUUUCUUCUUCUCCUCCAUCUUUUUUUAAGGCUUGAUGUUGUUUUACAUCAUGUUAUUUUUUCCACUACUUCAUCUGAUUAUUUUUCUCGUUUUUUCUUUUCUUUUCCUUCUAUUUUUUCUUCAUUUUUCUUUUUUCUGCUUUUAAUUUACUUCAUUCUCUUCCUUUUUUUAUGUGUUUAUCUUUUUCAUUUUUUCUUCUUUCUUUUUUUUCUUUUUCUUCUUUUGUUACUGUUAUUCUUCUCCUCCUUCUCCUCCUCCCUCUCCCCCUCCUUCUUCUUCUCCUCCUCCCCCUCCUUCUUCUUCUCCUCCUCUUCCCUCUUCUUAUUAUCCUCCUCUUCCUCCUCCUCCACUUCUUCUCCUCCUCCUUCUUAUUCUCCUCCUCCAACUCCUCCUCUCCUCCUUCUUCUUCUUCUUCUUGGAGUAGCUGUUUUUGUUCAUUAUCUUCUUUUCUUUGUUGUUUGUUUUUUUUUCUUUCUUUAUUUUACCCCAAUUUCUUCAUCAUAUCUUUUUCCUCAUCUUUUUCCUCUCUCUUUUUUUUUUUUUUUUUUUUCAUGUCAUUAUAUUUCUUUCUUUCUUUGUGUUGUUAUUCUCUCCUUCCUCUUCACCUCAAUUUCAUCAUCACAUCUUCUUCAUUCUAGUAUUCUUUUUCCUUGUCCUUUUCGCUCCUUCUUUUGUUAUUUUCCUUCUUCUACACUUUUUCUUUCUCCCCUUCUUUUAUUUCAACAAACUCUGAAAUCCUUUAAUAAUACAUUAAUCUACCCCACCAACAACUCCUCUGGCCAUUUUUUUAUGUUCUACAAAGCAAUGAGCCAAUGGUAUUCCUGGCCUCCCCUGUAUGGGGCUAGUCCAGUCAUCUAA